CUGCUCUUCCCCAUCAGAGACCCCAGACGUGUACAUCGUGGAGCGGUUGUUCUCCAGCAGUCUGGUGGUGGUGGUCAGUCUCUCCAUCCCCAGACGGAUGAACGUCUACCACUUUAAGAAGGGAACGGAGAUCUGCAACUACAGCUACAGUAACAACAUCCUCUCUGUCAGACUCAACAGACAGAGGCUGGUGGUGUGUCUGGAGGAGUCAGUGUACAUCCACAACAUCAAAGACAUGAAGCUGCUGAAGACCCUUCUCAACACGCCCUCCAACCCCUCAGGUCUGUGUGCUCUGUCCAUCAACCAUUCCAACUCGUACCUGGCCUACCCAGGCAGCUCCACCAUCGGAGAGAUCAUAGUUUACGAUGCCAACAACCUGAGCACUCUCACAAUGAUCCCGGCCCAUGACAGUCCCCUGGCUGCUCUCACCUUUAACUCGUCAGGCACCAAGCUGGCCAGCGCCUCGGAGAGGGGUACUGUAAUCCGUGUGUUCUCCAUCCCAGAGGGACAGCGUCUGUUUGAGUUCCGCAGAGGGAUGAAGAGGUACGUCAAUAUCAGUUCCCUGUCCUUCAGUCCUGACGCCCAGUUCCUCUGUGCCUCCAGCAACACUGAGACCGUGCACAUCUUCAAACUGGAACAGCACGGACCCAGUGGAGAGGAGGAGUGUCCUACCUGGGGAUCCUACGUAGGGAAGAUGUUCUCUGCAGCCAGCAGCUACCUCCCAGCCCAGGUGUCUGGCGUGAUGAGUCAGGAAAGAGCCUUCGCCACUGUACGCCUCCUAGUGGCCGGGCAGAGGAACGUCUGUACCCUCGCCACGAUCCAGAAGCUUCCUCGUCUGCUGGUGGCCUCCUCCGACGGACAGCUGUUCAUCUAUAACGUCGACCCCCAGGAUGGAGGAGAGUGCUUCCUGGCUCAGAAACACAGAUUGUUUGGUGAGGAUGAGGACAAGGAGGAAGGGUUGGAGUCAGAAGGGUCAGAGGUCACGGUGCCCGUCCAGGCAUGUCCAUCAUACGCCGCCACUGUUGCCAUACCAGCCACCGGUCCAGUCACUACCACACUCACAGGUUACUCUGAGGAUGGUGGGGCUAAGAAGGGCGAGGUGAUCCCAGAACAUGAGUUUGCUGCUGGUCCCGUCUGUCUGGAUGAUGAGAAUGAGUUUCCUCCAGUGAGCAACCAGCAACUCUCCUAGCCUGGUCCUAUACAGAAACAGUAGUCAUGCUAACUCUCCUAGCCUGGUCCUAUACAGAAACAGUAGUCAUGCUAACUCUCCUAGCCUGGUCCUAUACAGAGACAAACUAGUCCCCUUCCCUACCCCCUACUCUCCUACAGACUAGUCCCCUUCCCUAACCCCUACUCUCCUGCAGACUAGUCCCCUUCCCUACCCCCUACACUCCCACAAACUAGUCCCCUUCCCUAACCCCUACUCUCCUACAGACUAGUCCCCUUCCCUACUCUCCUACAAACUAGUCCCCUUCCCUACCCCUACUCUCCUACAAACUAGUCCCCUUCCCUAACCCUACCCUCCCACAAACUAGUCCCCUUCCCUAACCCCUACCCUCCCACAAACUAGUCCCCUUCCCUACCCCCUACUCUCCUACAGACUAGUCCCC